AUGGCACCGGGCUUCACCGAAAUCCCACAGAUCGACCUCUCCCUCGCCGACGACCCCGCAUCGGAGGCCGCGCUGCUCGACCAGCUCCGCCACGCGCUCGUCCACGUCGGCUUCCUCUACGUCGUGAACCACGGCGUGCCCGCCGAGACCGUCGCGGACGUCGUCCGGGCCCUGCCCAGGCUUUUCGCGCUGCCGCCCGCGGCCAAGGACGAGAUCGCGCUGCGGAACUCGCCGCAUUUCCUGGGCUACAGCGGCGACGGCUCCGAGACGACGGCGGGGCGUCGCGAUCGCAGGGAGCAGGUCGAGUUCGCGACGGAGCUCGCGGACGGAUGGAGCGCGGGCCUGCCGUUGAGAGAACGCCUGCGAGGUCCGAACCAGUGGCCAUCGUCGUACCCGGAGCUCCGUCCCACCAUCGAAUCCUACAUCGCCGAGAUGACGCUCUUGGGCGAGCGCUUCCUCCGCCUCGUCGCGAAGGCCCUCUCACUCCCGCCGGAGACCUUCCUGCCCUUCCUCUCGGACCAGCACCGCCUCAAGCUCGUCCACUACCCGGCACUCACGGAGAGCGAGGCGGCCGGCGGCGGCCAAGGCGUCGGCCCGCACAAGGACUCGUCGGGGUGGUGGACGUUCCUGCUGCAGGCCUCGCCGCCGCACGUCGGCGGGCUGCAGGCCCUCAACAAGAACGGCGGCUGGGUCGACGUGCCCGUCGUGCCGGGCUCGUUCGUCGUCAACAUCGGCCAGGCGUUCGAGGUCGUGACGGGCGGCGCGUGCAGGGCCACAACGCACCGCGUGCUCGCCGGCCCGCUGGAGCGGUUCAGCGUCCCCUUCUUCCAGGGCGUGAGGAGGGACCUGACCAAGGAGGAGGCGGUGGGCUCUUUGAGGGCCCAUUUCGACAACCUCGAAAUCGGGGGUCCGACGUCGGAGUCGAAUGAGGGGAGGGAUAUCGACUCGGCUUUUCUGAAGGGCAAGUAUGAUACUUGGGGCGAGAGUCAGUUGAGGACGAAGAUCAGGAGCCAUAGGGAUGUCGGGAAGAAGUUCUAUGCGGAUGUUUUUGACCAGUAUAUCAACGACGACCUGUAA